AUGGCGGAACUCAAAUGGUACGGCAUCUUCGUGUUUCUUUUUGGAACCAUUUUAAGCAUUGCUGACCCCAUUACUGAUUUUCUUACAGUGGUGGAAUUCUACCGCACAGAUCACAAGACGUGGUUCGGUGUGGGGCUUACAUUCAUUAUUCUGCCAAGUCUGUUUUUUCUUAUAUUUAACUGUUUCCAUGAAUUUACGCGAGAAGAUGAACAAUCAGAACAGGAAGAAUACCAGUGUACGGCUUGGAAAUUCACACAUGCUUCAUUUCUUGGAUGCAAUCCACUCUAUCCGGCCUGGCUGAAGCUGCGCUUGCUUUUCUUCUACCUAAAGAUGUUACUAAAACGCAGGCAACGAAGUAACAGCGAUCAAACAAGUAAAGACUUCGAGGAAGUACUGGGGUGGAGCAAAUACGCUGUUCUGACCGAGGCCGUUCUUGAAUCAGCUCCUCAGUUUAUUAUUCAGUUGUACGCCAUGGCUGUUCAACAGCAAUCCGUGACGAUCGUUCAAAUGGUUUCCCUGCCCGUGUCUUUCCUUAGCUUGGCUUGGGCGUCUUCUGUUGCUGAUACGGUAUUUCACAGUUACGAAGGAACCCUUAAUUUCAGUGUGAAAGAUAGAGUUCUACAUUUUGUGACGCACUUAUUUAUUUUAAGCAGUCGACUCCUUGCAGUUGCUUUGUUCACCGUAAGCUACAAGUGGUGGGUUACCAGUGUUCUGAUCUUUCACUGUGCGUUGAAAGUGAUAUGUGACAUCGUUUGGCUUCGCAGAAAACGACGGCUUUUAACCUUCGAAAACUUACUUACAUCGGUUUUGUUUUCUUGCGUGCAUUGGUUACGAGAUGAUGUGUCAGUAACAGUAAAUGACGAGAAAAUCGAACACAACAGAAUAGUUGAAUAUGUCAGAAGAAUGCAGUUGGUCUCCAACGUGCUGUUUGUGAUAGAAAACAUCACCCUGAUCCUGUUGUUUUAUUUCAGUCAUUUCCCUCACACCUGGUACUCCUUACCAGUCACCAUCUGCGUCUGUUUAUUUGCUGUUCUUGGAGCCGUAAUGAGACUUACUCACUUCAAUGUUUUAUAUAAGGAUUCAGAUGAUCAAUCAAAUAAUACCGAUCAAGUGCAGCAGCAAUCGCAUAGUAAUCCCCUCGAGGUUGCAGCAACAUAAAACGGAGGUAAAUCAUAGUCUGAUCUUGUAUUGGUACGUCUCAAGUUUUUAUGUGAUCUGUUACAUUAUGUAGGCUAACUAUAAUAUUUAAGAGUCGCAACUAGGGAAAGUAGAAAAGUACCGUCAACUGGGACACACAUUUAAGCCAUUAUGUUAUGUUGAUUUACUGACUUAUUUACCGAAUUUGGGAUAAUUUGUGAGUCAUUCAGUAUUCAGUAAUGAAUUAAUUAGUUCAAAAGUAACUAAACCAAACUGAACUAUACUAAAACGAGCCAAAUGUUUGUUAUUUACUCUGUCAUGCGUGUAGUCUACGCAUGUGGUUAUCAAACAAUACAAUAGCUCAUGGUCAUUUUGUUCUCGGUCUUGUUGCACUGGGCUGGCAGUGAAUUUUGAAAAUAUUGACUCCACUGAAGUGUGACAGUUCAUGACAAAUUCUGACAAAAUAGUAAAACUGUAGUUGUCGCUAAGACCUUGAGGGUUAACAUUCUUGUAAUAUUGUUGAGCAUUAUCACUAUCGCAAUGGUGGUUUUUGCAACAUACCUAGUUAGAGAAUAAGCUUUCAAAUAUACCAUACUAAAAAAUACGCCCUGGGUCAUAAUUAUAUUGCGCUCUGCUUUGCGUGAGAAAGCGGUUCUAAAGUUUGUAGUAUACGUAGUAUCACAAAAGCUUUAAUUAAAGUGACUUUGAGAUCACUUUUCAAUUAGGGCAAUAAAUUAGCAUCACCUUAAAACGCGAAUAGUUGUUAAGUAUAAUUUAUAACACUCUAAACAUUCCGGGCUAGCAUACAGUCUGCCAUCUAAAACUAAACACAAUCUGAUGUCAACCAUAACUUUCUUUUCCAAAGAGUAGAAGAGAGGGACUCGUCGCAUUUCCUCGAAUAUUUUAAAAUUCGGGCCUUAUUCAAGGAGCCGCUUAAUCGAAGAAGAGGGGGAUGGCCUAUUAAAGUAAUGCUUAAAAUAACUGAAAUAAUUGUGGCAAAAAUUAAAAUAUUUAGUCAAGAUCAGGGGCGGAUCUAGGGGGAGGGUGCAGGGGGUGCCAACCCCCUCCCCCCCCCGCCUCCUGAGAUGACCUGCGGUUUUCUAAUACAACUGGUAUUCUGCAAAAAAAACUAUGUGGUUUAUUAGUGUUGAAGUAGAGAAAGAGACGAGUGCACCCCCUCCUAAAAAAAUCCUGGAUCCGCCCCUGAAGAUGUCGGGAUAUUGACCAAGUUCGCAAAACAAAAGAACGAGACCAAUAUACAGCCAUUUUGACCAAAUGAGUUUGGUGUCUUAAACGAUGAAAAUCGUCAGUGUGGAAAAUAUAUACAAGUCCGCAAAUUUUUUGCUUUGAGUUAAUGGAGUUUUAUCUAGUGUAUGGGAUAUCUAUCAUGCGUGUGAUUUGAAAAUAUCGCAAAAACAAUAAUUGUGGUUCAGUUUCCUCAUAAUCAUACUCAUUAAUUGGCAGGAGUACCCAACGAACGUUUUUCGCAAAAUUGAUUAUACAAUGUCGUAAACGCUAGCAGAGUGCUUUUACGUUAACCUACGUUACUAUUUAACUUUCCUGGGAAAAAAAUACCCGCUCUUCACUGCUAGCCAGCAAGACUUUCGGAAAAUAAAAAUCCCAGCCAGCAAUCAUGUUUGACGGUUUUUUGCCAGCCAAAAAAUUGAAUUGGUGUUCUCCGGCGACAUGAGAAAGUAGUUUGUCCCAUAAUUUAAUCCUUUGCUAUCGACUCAAACGAAACUGCUGUUUCAAAAACUGUUCGCUAGUUGUGGCGAUAUCAACAAUACGUGUUCAUGGUAAAGUUGAUUUAGGGCCUGUUUACAUGGAGGUGGGGGACCCCAGGUAGGUGAAGCAACUCGCUUAGGUGGGGUAACCCGCCUGUCCAUAUAAUCUCUCAUUUUAAUUUGAUCACGUUUACAUGCUAGGUGGGGUGACCCUCCAAGGCGGGUAGCCCGGUCUACCAGACCGGGUUACCCUCUCAGCCGGGGCCAAAUUUUGCCAUGUAAACGUUUCAAGGUGGGGUAACCCGCCUGGCCGGGGUCGGAUUCGUGAUACAUCAAAUUCUCGCAAAAUUCAAUUUGGCGGUGACUUUGCAUCAUUAUUAAAGUUAACAAUAGAAAGCCAUUGCACUGAAGGUUGCAGCAAGAGCAACAAGUGAGUGUAGAAGGGCAUUAAUCGCCAAAACACGUGCUUUGCCAGCAUUUUUCUUGUUUACGUGCUUAGCCACCAUUCAAUAAUCUUGAGAAAGUACACCUGGGAUGGCGGGGUUGUAAGAUUGCAUGUAAAGGAGGGUUAUUUUUUUACCCCACCUAAGCAGGUUACCUCACCUUCCUGGGGUCCCCCACCUCCAUGUAAACAGGCCCUUAGUAACUAUAACCUUUCUCCCAAUCGAUCUAUAUAUUCAUAUUUGUAUUGUGUGCUUUAGUUGUGGGACUAAAAUUCAAUCAGUUUUAUGUACAUUUUACCACGUAUGUUUUCUUUUAAACUUAAAGUAUUAUUUACGUUAAACGCAAGACAUGGUUAGUCACGCGAUCGAGAUCAAUGCACGCUUUACUUUGGGGCUGCCAUUUAUUCUCUCUAGCCUUGGUAAAACUCGAAACAUUUAUUUUCGACCUGGAGAAAUUCUGGAAAAUGAAUAAAAUUCAACCGUCUUAUAUCAGUGAAAAAUGACCACCGGCGAAGAAAAAGUGUAUGGAGGUCUACUGCAUUGCAUAAAAUUAGCUCUCAUGUAUGAGGUCGUUCUUCAGUCAUCUCGGUUAAUUACUGAUUCAAUUGUACCCGUGAUUGCUUUUUAACAAGAAUCAGUAACGAUCGUUCAAACGCUUUUAAUUUUCUCCCUCUUUCCUACGCCUGGCCUUCCUAUCACUCCCUUCGUCCCCACUUUCCUUAAUAAUUAACUCAAAUAUCCCCAAGUGAACGCGAGCGACUGGGUACGAGGCAGGGAGACCGAUCAAAUUGGACCACCUUCAAAGGUGUUCCCAAAUAUUCCGGUCGCACUAAACCGAAAUGAUCCGUUCCAUUUGAUUUCUAACCGAAAUUUUCGGAAUUUUGGUCUGAAUGGAAAUCACCCAAGAGUCCCUUAUAAUGAUUUAUAAUCACAUGUCACUGGAUAGUUUGUUUAAUCCUCUUUUGUAAAAACUGCCAUUCACUACGAAUUCCAUUUUAAUUCAAUAAGCGCAUUUUAUGGGUCACAUAGAUCACAACUUUCCCAAGCAUCAUAAACACGAGUCAAUGAGACAGGACGAUCUUUAUUGCUUUGUGCAGUCAGCAGCUGAGUCAGAAAGGUCGAAGUAAUGGCGGAACUCAAAUGGUACGGCAUCUUCGUGUUUCUUUUUGGAACCAUUUUAAGCAUUGCUGACCCCAUUACUGAUUUUCUUACAGUGGUGGAAUUCUACCGCACAGAUCACAAGACGUGGUUCGGUGUGGGGCUUACAUUCAUUAUUCUGCCAAGUCUGUUUUUUCUUAUAUUUAACUGUUUCCAUGAAUUUACGCGAGAAGAUGAACAAUCAGAACAGGAAGAAUACCAGUGUACGGCUUGGAAAUUCACACAUGCUUCAUUUCUUGGAUGCAAUCCACUCUAUCCGGCCUGGCUGAAGCUGCGCUUGCUUUUCUUCUACCUAAAGAUGUUACUAAAACGCAGGCAACGAAGUAACAGCGAUCAAACAAGUAAAGACUUCGAGGAAGUACUGGGGUGGAGCAAAUACGCUGUUCUGACCGAGGCCGUUCUUGAAUCAGCUCCUCAGUUUAUUAUUCAGUUGUACGCCAUGGCUGUUCAACAGCAAUCCGUGACGAUCGUUCAAAUGGUUUCCCUGCCCGUGUCUUUCCUUAGCUUGGCUUGGGCGUCUUCUGUUGCUGAUACGGUAUUUCACAGUUACGAAGGAACCCUUAAUUUCAGUGUGAAAGAUAGAGUUCUACAUUUUGUGACGCACUUAUUUAUUUUAAGCAGUCGACUCCUUGCAGUUGCUUUGUUCACCGUAAGCUACAAGUGGUGGGUUACCAGUGUUCUGAUCUUUCACUGUGCGUUGAAAGUGAUAUGUGACAUCGUUUGGCUUCGCAGAAAACGACGGCUUUUAACCUUCGAAAACUUACUUACAUCGGUUUUGUUUUCUUGCGUGCAUUGGUUACGAGAUGAUGUGUCAGUAACAGUAAAUGACGAGAAAAUCGAACACAACAGAAUAGUUGAAUAUGUCAGAAGAAUGCAGUUGGUCUCCAACGUGCUGUUUGUGAUAGAAAACAUCACCCUGAUCCUGUUGUUUUAUUUCAGUCAUUUCCCUCACACCUGGUACUCCUUACCAGUCACCAUCUGCGUCUGUUUAUUUGCUGUUCUUGGAGCCGUAA